UAACGCCUAGCUAACAUCAGAGCGUCUCGGCUAGCGGUGUGAACAAGCGGCAGCAUCACGUCCGAAGAACAUAUUUCAAACCAACCUGUUGACUCUAAAUCGUUUACUACAGACCCACAGCGACCCCCCACGACACUCCGGCCUGGUACGUGCGUGUCAUUUGACUCCGUUAUAAACAUAAACAGCAGAGAAGCGGGGCCGUCGUCUCUGCGCCCCCCCCUCUCCUCCUCCUGCCUCAGAAUAUGUGGCCAGGCCGCAGACGUCUGGUUUGUCACCUCACGGCCUCGUCGGCCUUCCCUCUGAUGAGGAGCCCCUGACAUUAGGUGGAAGAUGGAUGUUUCCUCCACUGUGUAGCUGCAGCCUGUGAAUCAGGGGGUGGAUCCAUCGCUGCCACAUGACCAGCACAACCCCUCUGCUAAACAUGAAACCUGUCAGCUAUCAGAGCUUGCCGUCAUCCGUGAGCGCCGGACACCAGGACCGGGCCCUGGACCGCGUGCUGAGCGCCCCCAAGGUGAUGUACUGUGAGAAGUGUGGGUUCGCCUCCAUGGACGUGGCUGUGUUCAAGAAGCACAUGAUCGAGCACAUGGGGGCGAGGUUUUACUGCUUCUACUGCAACAACGUCUCGUUCAGCGAGGCCGAGUUAAAUGUGCACCUGAAGCAGCACACGUCCAAGUAUCCGUUCACGUGUCCCCACUGUGGACAGGGCUACAUGCGGAGGCUGUGUCUUGUGAAGCACAUUGAUCGUCUUCAUAGUAAAAGCAUCAGCCAAGGACCAGCAAAGCCCGGCAUGACUUUAAUUUCUCCCGUGCCUGUGUCCAGUGCCUUAUCGAGCGUGUCUUCUGCUGAUCCAACACCACCCUGGCCAACUGUUCGGGUGACCGUACCUGCCCUGAGUGCACCUGCAAUCAGACUGGAUAAAGACGAACAGAGAGGGAAAACACUGGACACUAUUAUAUCGAAUGCCUCUAAUGGAAACACAGAACUCUUUUCUCCUUUCAAUGGACUCCUACAGCACAACAGGGCUCUAACCGUUUCUCUCCCGGAGGAAAUAACGAUCCCCGCAGGCUGCUUGGUCGAACUUGUUGAGGUGAAAACUGUAAAUGGGACAAAAGAGCUAAAACUGAGGCUCGUCUCUCAACAAGAAAACAAGUCUGUGAUCAAAGAUGCAAGGACAACAGUCUGUCAGGGCACCACACAGGGAAAGCCUUUAACAUCCACAUUAAACCAUCAGUCUUCUAUAAUGAAGUCUGCAAGCAUGGGGAUGUGCACAGUAAACAGGAAGCAGUGUGAAACAAAGACGGUGAAUGUGGAGCGUCCUGCUGCUGUCCCAGUCAGUAUUUCCAAUAACCUCCUGAAUCAAGCGAGCAAAGAAAAGAUUGGAUUCAAAAGAAAGUCGCAAGAAAUAAUAAACCGGGAGUGGAAAACAUUCAUUCCAGAUAAGAUUCCCCAAACUAUCCCCAGUCCUAUUAGAGAAGGGAAUAGUGGGAUUAGAGUUGCACAAAGAGAACCUCUAAAUCUUAAUGCAGCCGCUCCCACUGUUGCCUCCCCCAGGGUUGCCAACAGGUUGACUAGCACCCUGCAUCCGGACUCCAAGGGGACAAGGGUUUCCCAGAGAGCGGUGGAGGAAAGGAUGAAUUUAAUUCCAGAGCCUUCCAAGAGCAUCCCAGCCCAGAGAGCAAGCGACACAAAAAGCCUUCCUCAAGAGGGGUCGGUGGCUGUGAAGCUGGAACCCGGAGAGACCUGCCUCAGAAACAACACUGUCUCGAAAAUAAAGACAGAGGCAGUGGGCUUGAACCAGCAACGUGUGACAGCCGUGGGCGUUCCCUUUCCCGCAGCCUCAAAAGUGAGACCUCCAGCAAUUUUAUCGUGUAAGGAUAACGUCGUCCCAAAUCAGUCUUUUCCAGCGCACAGGACUCUAAAUGAGCGCUCAUCAGUCAAAACCUCGAUGCUUUCAAAUAAUACAAAGUCUAAGAACUCAGCUUGGACCCAGGAAGUGAGAUCCCGUGAGAGAGCAGGAGAAAGAGACGAUCCAGAUCCCGAGAGCUUUCCAAUAAUUUCCUCUGUGUUUUCGUUAAGUCAACAACCAGGAGAGGUGCAGGGCUCCAUCCAGCCACUGGUGAUGGCUCUGCGCGGCAUCGUGAUGGAUAAAAGCAACAGUUCGGGCAGUUCACAUCCUCAAGGUCACAUCAAGAUAAUAAAAGGAACCGAGCAGGUGAGAAAAUUGCCGACAGCAGGGUUCCGUGCUCAGGUGGCUGCAAAGGAUGGACCCAUCAUCCUUGACCCUUUACCUACGGAGCGGUGCAUUGACUCUGUGAAAGUAGAAGAGCAGAAGGACGUCCAGCAUCACCCUGCACUGACCAACCUCCACGUUGAAGUAAAGGAGGAAAAGAAUAUCACUACUCCAACAGAAACUCUUGCAUCAAAAUCCUCGACGGAUCAGGGAUCUGUUUCAAAAAUUGCAGCAUACGUGGACGCAUCCGUGGGUACAGAGACUCUGCAGUUUGUGGAAAAGACCGAGUACGACAUCUCGAAGUUCCUCACUGUCUCUCUGAAGAGGGUACAGGUAGGCGUGUGGAAGAAAAACAGGAAAGGACUGAAACUAAGAAUUUCCAAAUAUAAGACUAAUUUACCUGUGGUCAGUGUUGCUGAUUGUGCAGUUAUUAACCCAAUGCCGCUGAAGGAGGACCAGCUGGUGAAGAGACCGGGCCCCAACCAGCCCGUGGUGGUUCUCAACCACCCACAGCCCCGGGCCCCUGUACAGGGAGCGAGGCCGGACACUAUCGCCGACACAGGAGCCUCCGAGGGGGUUCCGAAAUGCCAAAUCUUAAAAAUGCGGCUGAGCAAAGUGAUGGGGCAGAAAUAUGAGGUGAUGGGGUGCACUGUCCGAGUCUUUCCAUGAGGACAAAGUAUCACUGGAAAGAAUUGUACAUUUAUAUAGAAAGGAAAAGUAUUACAAUGGGAAAAUACUGAUUUACAUUCAUGAUGUUAUAUGUUUGUCUGUAUAGGCAUGGGAUAUGGAUUGUUGAAGUGCAAUGCAGUUAUGUCUGCUUUGGGGGAUGUUGUUAAAUGGACCAUCUGCUGUAGUAGAUUCUGUCAGUAAUACACAGAUGUUAGGAGCUGUCUCAGAAGUUUGACAAACCAGUAGAUCUGCCGGAGUCGAGGCAUAAACGCAUGCUGUUUAUUUAAGAUAUCUUAAUUUAUUUUUGUGUAGGUUCUUGCGGCCCCUACAAGAUGCGACUUGGAAGUAGAUGUGGUACACGAAUCACCUUUAAGACAAGUCUUUCAGAACAUCGUGCCAUAUACAGUAUAACCAAAGUCACGAGUUGGACAUUUUUAAUGAUGAAAAAAAAAGAUCAGUGGGUGGCAAAAAGUAAUGAUCAUUUGUAUGUAAGGAAAAUUAGUAAAAUCUUUUGGGGAAAAAUAGGACAUGCAGCUUACAAAAUUCUGCGGUGAUUUGAGGUUUUAUUCAAGUAUUUUCUUCCUCUUUUUCUGUUAGUAGUGAAAGUUUUCACAUUAACAGAGCCAUACAAAAGGAAAAUAGAAUCCCUUUUCGAGUCAUCACAUAUCAGCACUACAUAGACGAACGGAGCCCUGCACAAGCCUGUAAAAUGCCCGUUUCUGCAAAUGCGUCGGUAGCUUUCAACAAUUCCCACAUUUUUGUAACUGGUUCAGCACCUGGGCGACGACAUUUCAUUCAAAGUUGCCUGAGAAAGUUGGUUUUCCUUAUGUCUUUUUUAUGUGCAGCUCUCUGAUUUGUUUAAAUGCCGGGCUGGUUUCUUGUUCGAUGGUGUGUUCAGGAACUCUUUGGCAACUGUAACAUGAGCAUUUCAUAUUUUUUAAACGUUCGUCAAGUCAAUUUCAUGCACAGUGCCCCGUUUUCCAACCAGAACUUUGAUUGUCAUUCAUAAACAAACAUUCUGAAUGUUUUGGACUUUCCCAUGUAGCCAGGAGUCCCUGAAUGCAACAGUACCAUUAGUUUCUUUGAGGCCGGAACCUAAAGGUCCCUAAUACACAUGAAAUAGAAAGAUGAGCUUCUUAAAUGCUUCUUUCUGUUAAACCAUAACUUCAAGCUGGGAUUGGUCAUCCUGUAAAGCGAGCAAGAGCAGGCUACCCUCUGAAAAAAGGCAACCUAUACCCAUCUUCUUCCCAUCAGCCCUCACCUCAAGGGAAACAACUUACUAACCCCACCUUUCAAAGGGUAAAAGUCUUAAAGAGUCAAUGUAAAUGUUUAUUUUAUUGUUCAGUCACAUUUUAAACUGCACUUACUGAUACCUAUAUACUUUUUUUUAAACGUUUGCUGUGUGUGUGUGUGUUUUAAUGGAUCAGAAAAUGUAAUUAUGAUAGAUUUGAUAAUUUGUGCAAAAGCCAGAGAAACAAGUGUUAAUUCCAUGAAACCCUCUUGGUUCAUCCUUUCUCCCGCUGCAGUACAAUUUGCUUUGUACCCUGCGGUCAGGAAAAAAACAGAGGAGCCUGAAUCACUGAUUUAAAGGUUGAGCGUGUAGAAUUUAAUGACAUCUAGGGUUGAAGCUGUGUGUUGCAGCUGAACACCCCUCACCUCAACCUCUUCUUCAAAACAUGAAGGAGAACCUGUGGAAACCUUCAGUUUGUCAAGUCUAGGAUACUGUAAAAAAAACAUGGCGGCCUCCGUAGAGAAGACCCGCGCUGAUGUAAAUAUAAAGUCUUUAAAUAUAAAGGGCUCAUUCUAGGGUCAAGAAAACUACACUCUAGUGAAAACAUCACUAGGAUUAUUCUAAAAUCAAUUUCUGCCAAUAGAUCCCUUUCACCUCUUACACACUGAACCUUUAUAGUGGGCGGGCAUUAAACUGCCUUGUGACUUAAGGUAUAUUUAAUUCUAGUGCCAUGUAGAUGCUCAGUGACUGUGGUGAUUCUCGGGCGCUCAGAAACAUUAAAAAACUCAUUGCACAAAAACAUGAAGAAGGCUGCUGGGGAUAUUCUGUCCUGAUACUUUGCGGAUCUGCUUCUCUUCUUCACGACAGCAUCACUACACCCGUGUGUUCCUGUUCAUACUGUAGUCAUGAUGAUGUAUGAGGGGCUGGACCUAUGAUUGAGUCAAUAGGUUUUGGUUGCCCACAGAUUUUAUUGUGUAAAUAAAAAACCGUGAUGACAUGUUAAUUGCUCAGUAAGGAGCGGCUAACGUUCCACUGCUUCUUGUGCAACAGCAGUGAUGCUGUGAUCUACUUUUCUCACAUGUCAGCAUGUGAAGCUGCCUCUGUCUCUGUUAUUAUAUAUAAUAAUUUUUUUUUUUUCUUUGCUUGGCCUUUUAUCCCGUCCUCAUUUCUGUGGACAUUUCCUCAUGUUCCAGUUAAAGCAAUUUUCGGUUUUACUACAUUCAAAGUGUUUAUCAUUAUUGUGUUCUCGUGUUUUUAUAUAUAUAAAAAAAAACAAUUGUGUAACUCCUGCUUUUUCUAUUAAAAUCUAAGUAAAUAUUA